CAGCAGCUGGAGAGGAAGGACAGUCAGAGCAGCUCUCAGCACAGUGUGUGCAGCCAUCGCAGCACCCACACAGACUCUCCCAGCCACCCCUCCUCCAACAUGCCCAGUGAGGCCGUAGUCCCCCCUCCAGCCGCCCCCACCCAGCUGCUGCCUGGCCUGCCUCCCCUGCCCACCCAGGACCCUGGAGAUGGUACCAUGACCCUCCAGAAGAAGCCAGACCCCUUCAAGAUCUGGGCCCAAUCCAGGAGCAUGUAUGAGAGCAGACGUGAGUAGACUCAAAAUCAAAUACUUCAUUGUGGUUGUUUGGCACAACUGACAAAGGUAGGUUCAAUAAUGCUGCCGAACACUAAUAUAUAUUAGUAUAGUAUUGUAUACAGGCACAAACCUUUAGAGAGUGAAUGAGGCAGGGAUCUGAUCAUCAUGUCUGUUCUUUGGUGGGAAGAGAGAAACUCUUGAAACUUUUCUGAUUAUUCUGUUCGGAAGAGACUAGACAGUGUAUUAGUUUGUUUAAGUGUGUGGGUGUUGCAUUGGAUCCUGGAAGAGAAGCAUUGUUAAGUACUUUGUAGGAACAACUCAGUGUGUGUGUGUGUGUGUGUGUAUGUGUGUGUGUGUGUGUGUGGUAUGAGUGUAUGAGUCAAACCUGACUCUGUGACAAAAGGUGUCUCAGAGAGCUUAGUCUCCUUGAAACACAGACGCAUUUCCUGCUCUGUGACGCUAUCGACAUCUCACACAAUACAAAGCACCUGCAUUUUCAAACACUCAGAGGUGUGUGUAGGUUUGAUGUACCGCCUCGCCACCGGAAGAAGGGGUUAGAAAUGAAAGAUCACAUACAUCCUACCUUGCUGACGGCUCAGAAAUGAAAUAUGGUAUAUCCAGUGUUGACCCAAGCCUACGUCAUGAGCUAUUUGUGUGUUGCUUGGGCAGGAGUACAGAAGUACAGCUGAGUUGGUGGAAAAGCAGAACCAUUUGAAAAAAAGAGUGUGAACGUUUCGGUCAAUAGAUGUUCCCAUCAGCAGAAAACAAAAAAACUUCAAUUUGAAAAAUAUUGUUGUGCAAACAAUACUUUUUUCUUGUUCUACCCUAAGAAUCGGGAACGAUAGAAGGUACACUGGGUGAUAGAAGAUACCCCUGUUUUGAGUUGUAAAAGCAGAAGCAUCUAUUCUUAAGACUGUCCCUCAUAUCCUUUGUAAUCACAACUCAGGACCUCCAUUAUUCAUGAGUAGAGGAGGGCGCCACCCCACUUAUUUACUAUACUCACUACAAGUCUCUUGAGAGAAAUGGUUUGUUCUCCAAACAAUGGGUCAUUCAUUUCCAUCUAGGGGGCAAUAUGACGACUCCUCAAGAAAAACAGUUAUUCUAUAUUAAAGAGUCUGGUCAUUUACAGUACAUUGCAACAUAUACAAUACAACUGAGUGGGGAGACAAGCAAACAGAACUUAGUGUAAUAGGAAUGCAAUCUUGUUUUUCUCGAUUGCCAUUUGCACUUCAUCAGAGGCAGGCCGUUGCGUGUCUGAUGUCAACAAUAAUGUGUUUACAUUUAUGAUGUAUUAAAAAUGCACCCAUCAGCAGAAUAUACUCAUUAUGUGUGCACAUGCAGCUUGUGUGUGUGUGUGUGUGUGUGUGUGUUGAAGUACAGUGGGGAUAAAAAGUAUUUAGUCAGCCACCAAUUGUGCAAGUUCUCCCACUUAAAAAGAUGAGAGAGGCCUGUAAUUUUCAUCAUAGGUACACGUCAACUAUGACAGACAAAAUGAGAGAAUUUUUUCCAGAAAAUCACAUUGUAGGAUUUUUUAUGAAUUUAUUUGCAAAUUAUGUUGGAAAAUAAGUAUUUGGUCAAUAACAAAAGUUUCUCAAUACUUUGUUAUAUACCCUUUGUUGGCAAUGACACAAGUCAAACGUUUUCUGUAAGUCUUCACAAGGUUUUCACACACUGUUGCUGGUAUUUUGGCCCAUUCCUCCAUGCAGAUCUCCUCUAGAGCAGUGAUGUUUUGGGGCUGUCGCUAGGCAACACAGACUUUCAACUCCCUCCAAACAUUUUCUAUGGGGUUGAGAUCUGGAGACUGGCUAGGCCACUCCAGGACCUUGAAAUGCUUCUUACGAAGCCACUCCUUCGUUGACCGGGCGGUGUGUUUGGGAUCAUUGUCAUGCUGAAAGACCCAGCCACGUUUCAUCUUCAAUGCCCUUGCUGAUGGAAGGAGGUUUUCACUCAAAAUCUCAGGAUACAUGGCCCCAUACAUUAUUUCCUUUACACGGAUCAGUCGUCCUGGUCCCUUUGCAGAAAAACAUCCCCAAAGCAUGAUGUUUCCACCCCCAUGCUUCACAGUAGGUAUGGUGUUCUUUGGAUGCAACUCAGCAUUCUUUGUCCUCCAAACACGACGAGUUGAGUUUUUACCAAAAAGUUAUAUUUUGGUUUCAUCUGACCAUAUGACAUUCUCCCAAUCCUCUUCUGGAUCAUCCAAAUGCACUCUAGCAAACUUCAGACGGGCCUGGACAUGUACUGGCUUAAGCAGGGGGACACGUCUUCUACUGCAGGAUUUGAGUCCCUGGCGGCGUAGUGUGUUACUGAUGGUAGGCUUUGUUACUUUGGUCCCAGCUCUCUGCAGGUCAUUCACUAGGUCCCCCCGUGUGGUUCUGGGAUUUUUGCUCACCGUUCUUGUGAUCAUUUUGACCCCACGGGGUGAGAUCUUGCGUGGAGCCCCAGAUCGAGGGAGAUUUUCAGUGGUCUUGUAUGUCUUCCAUUUCCUAAUAAUUGCUCCCACGGUUGAUUUCUUCAAACCAAGCUGCUUACCUAUUGCAGAUUCAGUCUUCCCAGCCUGGUGCAGGUCUACAAUUUUGUUUCUGGUGUCCUUUGACAGCUCUUUGGUCUUGGCCAUAGUGGAGUUUGGAGUGUGACUGUUUGAGGUUGUGGACAGGUGUAUUUUAUACUGAUAACAAGUUCAAACAGGUGCCAUUAAUACAAGUAACGAGUGGAGGACAGAGGAGCCUCUUAAAGAAGAAGUUACAGGUCUGUGAGAGCCAGAAAUCUUGCUUGUUUGCAGGUGACCAAAUACUUAUUUUCCACCAUAAUUUGCAAAUAAAUUCAUAAAAAAUCCUACAAUGUUAUUUUCUGGAUUUUUUUUCCUCAAUUUGUCUGUCAUAGUUGACGUGUACCUAUGAUGAAAAUGACAGGCCUCUCUCAUCUUUUUAAGUGGGAGAACUUGCACAAGUGGUGGCUGACUAAAUACUUUUUUCCCCACUGUAUGUAUGUAUGCAUGUCAGUGAGUAAUGCUAGUUACCAGCCUCAGCCUGUUUGUGUGUGUGCUAGCAGGCGGUGUUGCAGUGCUAGUUAAUCAGUGUAGGCGGUGUUGCAGUGCUAAUUAAUCAGUGCAGGCGGUGUUGCAGGGCUGGUUAAUCUGUGCAGGCGGUGUUGCGGUGCUGGUUAAUCAGUGUAGUUGGUGUUGCAGUGCUGUUUAAUCAGUGUAUAAAGUAGAGCCAGUAGAAUCUAGGUCUGCUGCUGAUUAAAUAUUAACUGGGCCUGGUGAGGGCUGCUUUAAGCUCAGCCUGAUUGGUAUAUCUGUUUGAUAACCCCUCAAGGAGCCGCAGCCCUCCGCCAUGGAGCUGUUUACUGUUUGGCUGGAUUAUUAGAAUGGGUUGGUGUUUGAGAAGGGGGGUUGAGAGGAAAGGAGAGAGGUAUUUAAUGUGUGCUGGUGCGUCUGUGUGUCUAUGUAGCAGGUUGUGGACUCAUAGCAGCAUUAUGGUUGGUGGUGCCAGGAGAUAGCUAGGACAGAGACAGGACUGAGACAGGGCUAGAGAUGAGACCAUGCUGGGACCCUCCUGCAGAGGAUAUUUUGUCUGACACUUAGAGGCUGUGUGUGGUGUGUGGUGUGUGUAUGUGUGUUUGUGUGUGUGUGUGUGUGUGUGUGUGUGUGUGUGUGUGUGUGUGUGUGUGUGUGUGUGUGUGUGUGUGUGUGUGAGCGAGAGAGAGAGAGCUCUGCUGUGCUAGGGACAGGGAUCAGUGGAAGGCUAAUGACUUAUCCAACAUACACUCUCAGACAGACAGACCCAGAGCUGAGGGCUAUUAGAACCUGUGUGGCAGACAGAAAGUGCAUCAGGAGAAGUGGUCCAUGCCCUGUGUUCAGACUGGUCCUGUGGGUGAACAGACAAACCCCAAAUUGCCUGUGUCCUCCCACAUGUGUGUGGCAAAUGUGUUUGUGUGUUCCAGAGAGAGAGAAGGAACGAGAAAAAAAGGCAGAGAGUUAAAAGGUCACAUUCAUAGAGAGCAUGUACAUCCUGGAAUUUGUUCCUCCUGACCUCUGGGAGCCAAACCUGCACCUGAGAGUAGGAACCUAAUAUGCCCAGUGAUGCAGAGGAGAGUAGAGAGGAGGGGGGUGUUCAUACCAGAUUGUUUAAUAACAAGAUCUAACUGAACUGAAUUGAAUUGUAGUCCUCUGUAGCUCAGUUGGUAGAGCAUGGCACUUGCAACGCCAGGAUAGUGGGCUUGAUUCCCGGGACCACCCGAACGUAAAAUGUAUGCACGCAUGACUGUAACUCGCUUUGGAAAAAAAGUGUCUGCUAAUUUCAUUAUAUUAUAGUGCCAGGUAUACAGUGCCUUCGGAAAUUAUUCAGACCCCUUGACUUUUUCCACAUUUUGUUAUGCAAUCUACACACAAUACCCCAUAAUGACAAAACAAAAACAGUUAUUUUUUAUUUUUUUGCAAAUCAAAAACGGAAAUACCUUAUUUACAUAAGUAUUCAGACCCUUUGCUAUGAGACUCGAAAUUGAGCUCAGGUGCAUCCUGUUUCCAUUGAUCAUCCUCGAGAUGUUUCUACAACUUGAUUGGAGACCACCUGUGGUAAAUUCAAUUGAUUGGACAUGAUUUGGAAAGGCACACACCAGUCUAUAUAAGGUCCCACAGUUGAUUGUUCAUGUCAGAGCAAAAAUCAAGCCAUGAGGUCGAAGGAAUUGUCUGGAGAGCUCCGAGAUAGGAUUGCGUCGAGGCACAGGUCUGGGGAAGGGUACCAAAACAUUUCUGCAGCAUUGAAGGUCCCCAAGAACACAGUGGCCUCCAUCAUUCUUAAAUGGAAGAAGUUUGGAACCACCAAGACUCUUCCUAGAGCUGGCCGCCCGGCCAAACUGAUCAAUCGGGGGAGAAGGGCCUUGGUCAGGGAGGUGACCAAGAACCCGAUGGUCACUCUGACAGAGCUCUAGAGUUCCUCUGUGGAGAUGGGAGAACCUUUCAGAAGGACAACUAUCUCUGCAGCACUACACAAAUCAGGCCUUUAUGAUAGAGUGGCCAGAUAGAAGCCACUCCUCAGUAAAAGGCACAUGACAGUCCGCUUGGAGUUUGCCAAAAGGCACCUAAAGACUCUCAGAACAUGAGAAACAAGAUUCUCUGGUUUGAUGAAACCAAGAUUGAACUCUUUGGCCUGAAUGCCAAGCGUCACGUCUGGAGGAAACCUGGCACCAUCCCUACGGUGAAACAUGGUGGUGGCAGCAUCAUGCUGUGGGGAUGUUUUUCAGCUGCAGGGACUGUGAGACUAGUCAGGAUAGAGGCAAAGAUGAACGGAGCAAAGUACAGAGAGAUCCUUGAUGAAAACCUGCUCCAGAACGCUCAGGACCUCAGAUUGGGGUGAAAGUUCACAUUCCAACAAGACAACGACCCUAAGCUUAGAGCCAAGACAAUGCAGGAGUGGCUUCGGGGCAAGUCUCUGAAUGUCCUUGAGUGGCCCAGCCAGAGCCUGGCUUGAACCCGAUCGAACAUCUCUGGAGAGACCUGAAAACAGCUGUGCAGCGACACUCCCCAUCCAACUUGACAGAGCUAUAGAGGAUCUGCAGAGAAGAAUGGGAGAAACUUCUCAAAUACAGGUGUGCCAAGCUUGUAGCGUCAUACCCAAGAAGACUCGAGGCUGUAAUCGCUACCAAAGGUGCUUCAACAAAGUACUGAGUAAAGGGUCUGAACACUUAUGUAAAUGUGAUAUUUCAUUUUAUCUUUAUUUGUAAAUUAGCAAAACUUUCUACAAACCUGUUUUUGCAUUGUCAUUAUGGGGUAUUGUGUGUAGAUUGAUGAGAAGGGAAAAAAACUAUUUAAUACAUUUUAGAAUAAGGCUGUAAAGUAAAGGGGUCUGAAUACUUUCCGAAUGCACUGUAUAUUAUAUUAUUAUUAAUAUCACAGAACUUUAUUGCAAUGUGUUGAUUAAUGCAACAGUCAUGCCGUCGGUUUAACUUUCUGAGUGUCAGGUCUACUCCCUGUUUCACCUCCACUGAGCUCUUGUUGUUGUGUGUUUCAGAGCCAGAUUGCCAGGAGCAGGAGAUCUUCCUGUGGCGGAAGGAUACAGGUUUUGGGUUCCGCAUCCUGGGAGGAAAUGAGGCCGGGGAGCCGGUGAGUAUCCCUCCACCAUUCCUCCACCAUGUCCCUUGUCUGUCACUGUUAAGUUUGGAUGCGCCAAGGAAAGCAAAAGGUUUGUAAGGGGACGUUUUCAUAUUGAAUCACUCCCAUUGCAGCACACCAUUCACUUAUACACGACUGACAAUUAAACAUUCCAAAGCAAGACUGGAAGCAUAAAACAUGUACCGGCAUCCCCCCUGUCUGGUUAUUACACUACGUGUUGCAUCAUAAAUAAACACUAAACAAAGUUAUGAAUUAAACAGCACUGCUGCGUGUUAAAAGGGCAGCUGCAGUACUGAACCCUCAAUGGUCAAUUACAGCUUCAUCACUGUAUGUUUCCUGUCAGAGUCCCUGCCUUAAGGCGUUCUUUGUUAAGAUUCAAAUACACACAAACACAGACACAGACACAGACACAGACACACACACACACACACACACACACACACACACACACACACACACACACACACACACACACACACACUUUCACAACACUCAUUCUGUGUCAGAUCACACUGUGAUGCUCAACUGAACUAACAGCCUCAUAGUCUUCCUUCUCUCUUCUGUCUGCAUCAGUUGUUCUCCCCCACUCUAUCCCUCUAAUAUGAAGCAGUUGAAAUGUAAAUUCCACUGUCUGUUUGUCUGUCUCUGAGAGAGAUGACUGCUGCUGUCUGUUACAUGAGGUACUGUAGACCUGCAUGCUGGUUUUAGGAGAUGAAUUUAGACAGUUUGUUAGGGGAACUAAGGGCCUUACCCAGAAGCUGUUGGUUAUGUUUCAUAUAUUUCUUUCAGAGACAUGAAUCAAUCAGCAGAUGUCACAAAGUGCUAUACAGAAACCCAGCCUAAAACCCCAAACAACAAGCAAUGCAGAUGUAGAAGCACGGUGGCUAGGAAAAACUCCCUAGAAAGGCAGGGAGAAAGUAGAGAAAGGGAGUGAUAUAUACACUAUAUACUGUAUAUAUGCUGGCAGGUGUAUAAAAUCAAUCACACACCCAUGCAAUCUCCAUAGACAAACAUUGGCAGUAGAAUGGCCUUACUGAAGAGCUCAGUGACUUUCAACGUGGCGCCGUCAUAGGAUGCCACCUUUCCAACAAGUCAGUUCGUCAAAGAGGAAUCAGCCCAGAACUACACGGGCGGAUCUUGUCAAUGAUCUCAAGGCAGCUGGGACCAUAGUCACCAAGAAAACAAUUGGUAAUACACUACGCCGUGAAGGACUGAAAUCCUGCAGCGCCCGCAAGGUCCCCCUGUUCAAGAAAGCACAUAUACAGGGCCGUCUGAAGUUUGCCAAUGAACAUCUGAAUGAUUCAGAGGAGAACUGGGUGAAAGUGUUGUGGUCAGAUGAGACCAAAAUCGAGCUCUUUGGCAUCAACUCAACUCGCCGUGUUUGGAGGAGAGGAAUGCUGCCUAUGACCCCAAGAACACCAUCCCCACCGUCAAACAUGGAAGUGGAAACAUUAUGCUUUGGGGGGUUUUCUGCUAAGGGGACAGGACAACUUCACCGCAUCAAAGGGACGAUGGACGGGGCCAUGUACCGUCAAAUCUUGGGUGAGAACCUCCUUCCCUCAGCCAGGGCAUUGGAAAUGGGUCGUGGAUGGGUAUUCCAGCAUGACAAUGACCCAAAACACACGGCCAAGGCAACAAAGGAGUGGCUCAAGAAGAAGCACAUUAAGGUCCUGGAGUGGCCUAGCCAGUCUCCAGACCUUAAUCCCAUAGAAAAUCUGUGGAGGGAGCUGAAGGUUCGAGUUGCCAAACGUCAGCCUCGAUACCUUAACGACUUGGAGAAGAUCUGCAAAGAGGAGUGGGACAAAAUCCCUCCUGAGAUGUGUGCAAUCCUGGUGGCCAACUACAAGAAACAUCUGACCUCUGUGAUUGCCAACAAGGGUUUUGCCACCAAGUACUAAGUCAUGUUUUGCAGAGGGGUCAAAUACUUAUUUCCCUCAUUAAAAUGCAAAUCAAUUUAUAACAUUUUUGACAUGUUUUUUUCUGGAUUUUUUUGUUGUUAUUCUGUCUCUCACUGUUCAAAUAAACGUACCAUUAAAAUUAUAGACUGAUCAUGUCUUUGUCAGUGGGCAAACGUACAAAAUCAGCAGGGGAUCAAAUACUUUUUUCCCUCACUGUAUUAUGUUUUGUAGAUCUAGAUUGUUCCCAUAGUGAAGUACAGGGCUGAUGAGUAUAUUAUUUUGUUUUGUAGAUCUACAUCGGGCACAUAGUGAAAUAUGGAGCAGCAGAUGAGGACGGGCGUCUGCGUUCGGGGGAUGAGCUCAUCUGUGUGGACGGCACGGCGGUGGUGGGCAAGUCUCACCAGCUGGUGGUACAGCUGAUGCAGCAGGCUGCCAAGCAGGGCCACGUCAACCUCACUGUCCGACGCAAGAGCUCUGGAUACGGAGGUGAGGACGGUUCACAGAGACAGCACAGGCAUAUGCAUAUACACACUCACCCACAAACUCACCACACACUCCACAACAGUGGCCGCCUACACUACCCACACUAGCUAAAACCUAUUGCUUAGUGGCUCAGUGAAAACCUAUUGCUUAGUGGCUCAGUAAACUAUCACUAGCCCGUGCCAAACAUAAGGGAAAAAAACUGCUAUUUGCUGAAAACCGUUUUUAUAUUGCCUGCCCACCUCUUCAUUCCCCCCAUCUCUUCCUCAGUGGGUAAAGGGGAGGGUGACGUGCCCCCGUCCCCAGCCUCGUCGCACCACAGCAGCACCCAGGCCCCCUCCCUGACGGAGGGCAAGCGGACCCCCCAGGGCAGCCAGAACUCCCUCAACACGGUCAGCUCCGGCAGUGGCUCCACCAGUGGGAUCGGCAGUGGGGGAGGAGGGGGCUCUGGCAGUGCUGUGGUCCCCGCAGCCCUCCAGCCCUAUGACAUGGAGAUCCAACGCGGAGAGAACGAGGGCUUCGGAUUCGUUAUUGUGUCGUCGGUCUCCAGGCCUGAUGCUGGGACUACUUUGGGUGAGUGGGAUGGGCAAUGCUACGCUGGGCUGGGUUAUUGUGAGCUGGACUUUGCUAGUACCAGAGUGGGCUAUGCUGGGUUUAGUUGCAAUUUUUUGUUCUCUGGAUGGUCUGAGAAUCAGUUAUCAUUUGCUCUGGGUUGAGCUGGGUUGAACUGGGUGAUAAUCUGGUUAAAUCUGGCCUGUAAUCUGGGCGAUGCCUGAUUCUGCUGAUAGAUUUUUCUGUGGUCUUUAGUCUACACGUUUGAGGCCUUCACAUUUUUGGACCCGUUCUGAAAUGGACCUGGGGCUUUCCCAUGCGGAGUCGAUAUGCAUAAAUACAUUUUUUAAAUAUAGAGACCCGUUCCGAACAGACCCGAGGACAACCCGGUCCGGUCCGAUCCGAAUGAGGGAAGCAGCAGAAAAGUCAAUUUUUUAAGAAACUUUAUUAACCGGAGAUGAUAAAGCGCAAGGGAGGUAGAGGGAGGUGAUGCUCUAGCAGGGGCUGUGCUGUGUGCGUAGGCUACUGUGAGUUUCAGCGAGUGACACAGUAACAGGGAGGAGGGAUGGAGAGAAAAGAGACCAACCAUGCCGACUCGCACUAUAGUAGACUAAUAGCUGCCAUAGCUAGGUUAUUUAUCAUCCAAUAUGAUUACUAGUACCUGUCUUGACUGCAUUAAACCGUGAGAAGCUAGCUAGGCUAAGUGAGGCUGCAUUCGCUUUCUCGUGCUACACAAUUACAAAUAACAACGACUCCAUUCAGAAUUUAAAGUAGCAGCCUACCUGUUGGCUCUUGGUCGUUGCAGCCUAUCCUUCCCCUUUAACUUUUAAUUCCAUCAUUUUAAUUCCAUCUUCCAUUGAUUAGAUAUCUCCUAACUUUAGCUCCACACGGAGGCUCUAUAACUGGAGCCUAUUGUCGCUUUGAUGACUUAUGAUUGGCCAACAACAACAACAAGCUACACGCACCCCUCCUGUGAAAAGCAAAGAGCAGCAGCAUAAAUGAUGCAAUUUCUCUCUAUCUCUACUGCAACAGUCGCAUUCGGAUCUUUCCGGACAAUCAGUUAAAAUUACACAUAACCGAGACCCGUGACAAUCACAUCAGAUCCGACCCAGACAUUUUUUAGAAUUCUUAUUUAGAAUUCUGGAUCUGGACCCACAGGUAACUGCCAAAAUAAUGUAAACAGAAGUAAAUGAGGGAUACAAAGUAUCCGGGGUUGGAACCUACAUUUUUUCGUUCUGAACAGAAGCAAAACAAUUAUUAUUUCGUUCCACUGUUCUGACCAGAAAAAAAUAGUUUUGAACCGGUUAGAAAAAAAAAAAGAGUAAAGGUUUAAAUCGUUCCUUUCUGUUCCUUUUUUAACCUGUGAACUCAACAGUUUUUUUAAAUUUAGCUAAUUAAAUUACCAAUCAGUGCAGAUAGAGCAGGCAAGCUAGUAGUUUACAUUCAUGAUGGACAGACAAGUGUAUCCUAUGGCGCAAGAUGCGACUGCAAUUUUGCGGUGGGGAGAGAGCGUGAAAAAGCCUGAUUAUGCCAAGCAGCACUCCAGUAAACACACCCUUAACAGUGCAUCAAUACCGCCCGCCACUCAGCGACAUGAUUGAUGUCAUUUCUUGGGGGUGGAAUUACAAUAUUUUGACAGUCACUCCUCAUUGAGUUCCCACCUGAUUUAUGAAUAGCAGGGGAGCCCUUUCUGACAGGAGUGGACUUAAUGACACAGCCCCGACGUCACAAACCCAACAAUCAUGAGUUUAAGGAAACAGAAAUCUCUUUAUGUGCCCAGGCGCAUUCACCACCAGGGAUAAGCCUGGUUGAUGCUUUAUCAAAAACACCAUCAUCACAGAUUCAAAAGGCAGACUUGUAGCUGACCCUGGCUGAUUCACUCAGCAUGUAAUUGAAGUUCCACUGAGCACAAUCUAUAGCUGUCCAUACCGUUUAUCUAUGAAGGCAAAAUAGUGAAAUUGGCCUUAUUAAGGUCACUCAGCCAUCAACGAGAGAUUUUAAAUGUCCUUCUCUGAACAAAUGUGGCAUCAAGCUCCCUCUGAUGAGUUUGCAGCACCAAUGUCGCUCCAAGGUCUCCUUACACAGCCUGCCUGAUGACCAGGAAGAUGUAGCAUGGUGUGAAACAUGCUAUAGGGCCAGGCUAUUAUCAAAUUGAUGUUUUGUUAGCUACUGUGCCGCGCAAAGGGCCCGGUUCCAUUGAUCCUGUGGGCUGUAGUUGAAGCCCCAUAAAAUAGAAAGUAGCGGUAGAGGAUUGUUAUGUAUCAAGCAGGAGAAAUCCCAUUGAGACUUGUCUCUUUUUUUAUGGGUGACCUGAAUGUGCUCGUCUGCACUGUCUGCAGCUGGGUCCUCAGAAAGAGUGACAAUACCUGUCUCUGUCUCAACUGUCUCUGUCUCUGUCUCAACUUUCUCUGUCUGUGUCUCAACUGUCUCUGUCUCAACUGUCUCUGUCUCUGUUUCAACUUUCUCUGUCUGUGUCUCAACUGUCUCUGUCUCAACUGUCUCUGUCUGGGUCUCAACUGUCUCUGUAUUGGUCUCAAAUGUCUCUGUCACUGUCUCAACUGUCUCUGUCUCUGUCUCUGUCUCAACUGUCUCUGUCUCAACUGUCUCUGUCUCAACUGUCUCUGUCUGUCUCAACUGUCUCUGUCACUGUCUCAACUGUCUCUGUCUCAACUGUCUCUGUCUGUGUCCCAACUGUCUCUGUCACUGUCUCAACUGUCUCUGUCUCAACUGUCUCUGUCUCAACUCUCUGUCUCAACUGUCUCUGUCUGUGUCUCAACUGUCUCUGUCUGUGUCUCAACUGUCUCUGUCACUGUCUCAACUGUCUCUGUCACUGUCUCAACUGUCUCUGUCACUGUCUCAACUGUCUCUGUCUCUGUCUCAACUGUCUCUGUCUCAACUGUCUCUGUCUCUGUCUCUGUCUCUGUUUCAACUGUCUCUGUCUCAACUGUCUCUGUCACUGUCUCAACUGUCUCUGUCUCAACUGUCUCUGUCUCUGUCUCAACAGUCUCUGUCUCUGUCCCUGUCUCAACUGUCUCUGUCUCAACUGUCUCUGUCACUGUCUCAACUGUCUCUGUCUCUGUCUCAACUGUCUCUGUCUCUGUCUCUGUCUCAACUGUCUCUGUCUCAACUGUCUCUGUCACUGGUCCUCUGUAGCUCAGCUGGUAGAGCACGGCGCUUGUAACGCCAAGGUAGUGGGUUCGAUCCCCGGGACCACACAUACACACACACAAAAAAAUGUAUGCACUCAUGACUGAAAGUCGCUUUGGAUAAAAGCGUCUGCUAAAUGGCAUAUUAUUAUAUUAUAUUAUUACUGUCUCAACUGUCUCUGUCACUGUCUCAACUGUCUCUGUCUCUGUCUCAACUGUCUCUGUCUCUGUCUCAACUGUCUCUGUCUCAACUGUCUCUGUCUCAACUGUCUCUGUCUCAACUUUCUCUGUCUGUGUCUCAACUGUCUCUGUCUCAACUGUCUCUGUCUCUGUUUCAACUUUCUCUGUCUGUGUCUCAACUGUCUCUGUCUCAACUGUCUCUGUCUCAACUGUCUCUGUCACUGUCUAAACUGUCUCUGUCUCAACUGUCUCUGUCUCUGUCUCAACAGUCUCUGUCUCUGUCCCUGUCUCAACUGUCUCUGUCUCAACUGUCUCUGUCACUGUCUCAACUGUCUCUGUCUCUGUCUCAACUGUCUCUGUCUCUGUCUCUGUCUCAACUGUCUCUGUCUCAACUGUCUCUGUCACUGGUCCUCUGUAGCUCAGCUGGUAGAGCACGGCGCUUGUAACGCCAAGGUAGUGGGUUCGAUCCCCGGGACCACACAUACACACACAAAAAAAAAUGUAUGCACUCAUGACUGAAAGUCGCUUUGGAUAAAAGCGUCUGCUAAAUGGCAUAUUAUUAUAUUAUAUUAUUACUGUCUCAACUGUCUCUGUCACUGUCUCAACUGUCUCUGUCUCUGUCUCAACUGUCUCUGUCUCUGUCUCAACUGUCUCUGUCUCAACUGUCUCUGUCUCAACUGUCUCUGUCUCAACUUUCUCUGUCUGUGUCUCAACUGUCUCUGUCUCAACUGUCUCUGUCUCUGUUUCAACUUUCUCUGUCUGUGUCUCAACUGUCUCUGUCUCAACUGUCUCUGUCUCAACUGUCUCUGUCUCAACUGUCUCUGUCUCAACUGUCUCUGUCUCUGUCUCAACUGUCUCUGUCUGUCUCAACUGUCUCUGUCUGGGUCUCAACUGUCUCUGUCUGGGUCUCAACUGUCUCUGUCUGUGUCUCAACUGUCUCUGUCUGUGUCUCAAAUGUCUCUGUCACUGUCUCAACUGUAUCUGUCUCUGUCUCUGUCUCAACUGUCUCUGUCUCAACUGUCUCUGUCUGUCUCAACUGUCUCUGUCACUGUCUCAACUGUCUCUGUCUCUGUCUCUGUCUCAACUGUCUCUGUCUCAACUGUCUCUGUCUGUGUCUCAACUGUCUCUGUCACUGUCUCAACUGUCUCUGUCUCAACUGUCUCUGUCACUGUCUCAACUGUCUCUGUCUCUGUCUCAACUGUCUCUGUCUCAACUGUCUCUGUCACUGUCUCAACUGUCUCUGUCUGUGUCUCAACUGUCUCUGUCACUGUCUCAAUUAUUUCUGUAUCUGUCUCAACUGUCUCUGUCUCAACUGUCUCUGUCUCUGUCUCAACUGUCUCUGUCUCAACUGUCUCUGUCUCAACAUGUCUCUGUCACUGUCUCAACUGUCUCUGUCUCAACUGUCUCUGUCUCUGUCCCUGUCUCAACUGUCUCUGUCACUGUCUCAACUGUCUCUGUCUCUGUCUCAACUGUCUCUGUCUCUGUCUCAACUGUCUCUGUCUCAACUGUCUCUGUCUUUACUGUCUCUGUCUCUGUCUCAACUGUCUCUGUCCCUACUGUCUCUGUCUCAACUGUCUCUGUCACAACUGUCUCUUUCACUGUCUCAACUGUCUCUGUCACUGUCUCAACUGUCUCUGUCUCUGUCUCAACUGUCUCUGUCUCUGUCUUAACUGUCUCUGUCUCAACUGUCUCUGUCUCAACUGUCUCUGUCUCUGUCUCAACUGUCUCUGUCUCAACUGUCUCUGUCUCAACUGUCUCUCUCUCAACUGUCUCUGUCUCAACUGUCUCUGUCUCCACUGUCUCUGUCUCAACUGUCUCUUUCACAACUGUCUCUGUUGGUGUCUCAAAUGAUACUCUAUAUUCUCCAUAUAUUGCAACUGUCUCUGUCUCUGUCUCAACUGUCUCUGUCACAACUGUCUCUUUCACUUUCAACUGUCUCUGUCACUGUUCUCAACUGUCCUCUGCUACUGUCUCAACUGUCUCGUCUCUGUUUAAUGUCUCGUUCACUGUUCUUGUCUCAACUCUCCUUCUCUGUUCAACUGUCCUGUCUCAAACGUCAUGUGACAUGUCCUCUCUCUACUGUCUCUGUCUCAAGCCUGUACUCCACUGUUCUUUAAUGUAUUGUACACAAAUGUUCUGUGGUUUGCUCUCAAAUAUACUAUAUAUUUCUCCCAUAUUGCCAGUACUAUUUUGACCAGACUAGAGCUGUAUAUUCUCAAUGUAUUGCACUACCUCUGACCAGACCAGAGCCCUAUGUGUGUAUCAUUUGAGAGUUUCUUCCUGUCUCAUUCUCUCUCACUGUGCCUACUGCUUUAUCCCCAUCACCCCUGUGGGGAUGGGAUGAAUGAAUGUGCUGAUUAGGGUUGUUUCUCUAUCCAAUCUCCCCUUCUGCUAGUGGAGGUCCAACUGAGAGACAUGAUCACAAACCGAUGGACAUGCACUAUCUAUGGAUUCUUCUUUAGCCUGAGAGGGCCAUAGAUGUUUUAGGGUAUUGUGACGGACAAAGAGUUUUCCGCUGGCUCUAUCCCUCUCCCAUACAUCAUACUAUGCAAACCCCUUUUCUCCCUCCAGCCCAGUCCAUCCUUCCAUAAUGAACUGAUGUGUGCUGGUGUUGUGCUCAGCAGAUUGGGUAUUACAUCCUGGGUAUUUGUCACACCCAGUAAUGUCCCAUAUCUCAUUAUUUGGAUAGAGUGGCAGGAGACAAGUGCAGUUUUUAAUCAAGGCGUAGGGAGGGGAGCUGGUAGCACAAGGUGAUGUGAUAAAUAUGGAUGUGGGAGGGAUAGAGAGCAGGAGGGGGAGAGAGAGAGAGGAGGAGAGAGAGAGAGGGGGAGAGAGAGAGAGGGGGAGAGAGAGGGGGAGGAAUGGAAAGAGUCGGGAAGAGAGAGAGAGAGGGAGGGAGAGGGAGGGAUGCGGGAGAGCGAGGCAGUGAGAGAGAGCGAGAGUGAGAUAGGGGGAGGGAUGGAAGGAGGAGGGAGAGAGAGAGGGAGCAAGAGAGGGAGGGGGAGCGAGCUCCUUAGGGUCUGUUCAGAGCAGCUCUGUAAACAAGAUGUGCUGUAUUCAACACUGUCACUCUCCUUCUACAGCCCCAUGCAAUGCUAGAAUUUUUCUGUCUGUAGCCUCUCUGAUAAACUGUAGUGCGUGUUCCUCUCUUGACGUCUGCGAGGAUCCUGAGAUUCCUCAGAGUCCCUCUGUAGGAAUCCAUCUCAUUCUCUGAGCCAUUCCGAGGGCAAGAAACUCAAUUACCUCCAGCACCUUACCACUCUGCUGUGGCGUAGGCUGUAUCCUCCCGAUCAAUCCCUGUCUCCGACGGGGAGGGGAGGACAAUCGUAAGGCCGUGUCAAGGCUAUUGAUAGCCUGCCGAGCGGGGGCCACGAAGGGCCCAGACCAGUUCCAUGUGAUUUAAGUCCCAUCGAUUAGCGCGUCAGGGGUGCAGAGGACAACAGUAGAGACAGCGACAGAGACAGGGGAAAAUAUCUUCUCCCAGCCAAUGAAUUCCUUAAUGACCACACAAUACGAGUCUGUCCACCAAUAGGGAUGUAAGUGUUCCGCAUGCAUGCUCCUUGACUGGACCAUUGUUUCCAGUGCAACGGUUGGCUGGUUCUUGGGUAGACCUCUCUGGGUGAAUGGCCUAUGGGGGUUUGGAUGAUUAACCCUUUGCUUUGCUUUCUUUUCUCUUUUUUCUUUUCCCAUCCUCUUUUUUUCUUUUCCCAUAAUCUAAUUACGUAAUCACAUAAACACACACACACACACCCACACACACACACACACAUCCACCCACCCACCCACCCACACACACACACACACCCACACACACACACACACACACACACACUACACAUUAACAUCAAAGCUGGAAAUGCAUGUGUGGCCAUGCCCCACAAAAUAGGGCGCAUCAUCGAGGGGAGCCCUGCGGACCGCUGUGGGAAACUGAAGGUUGGCGACCGCAUCCUGUCCGUCAACGGCUGCUCCAUCACCAACAAGUCCCACUCGGACAUCGUCAACCUGAUCAAGGAGGCAGGGAACACCGUCUCUCUGAGGAUCAUUCCAGGUGACGGUAAGACUUGUGGUUUUCUGCUCUAGGCUGUUUUAUAAUGCAGUAAGGAGGAGACUUAUUCAUGGCCUAGUGGGAGGCAACGGGCACCAGCGCUCUGCACUGGCAGAAGCCCUUUGCACCAACCUGGGGAGCUACCUAGGGCUGCGAGAGGCCAUGCUCCCUGCCCUGGGCUGAGUAGGAAGAUGUUGUCAAUUGAUACUUUUCUAUAGUUAGUUUUAAUAUUUUCCCAUCUAUGGUUAAAGGCCAAGUUCAGUAAAAAACGUGAUUUUCCUGUGUUUUAUAUAUGUAUAUAUGUAUAUAUAUAGGUUGGAAUAAUACUGUGAAAUUGUGAAAAUUAUGAUAAUGCCCUUUUAGUGUAAGAGCUGUUUGAAAUGUCAGCCUGUUUUGGUGGGAUGGAGUUUUGGUCUGCCUGGUGACAUCAUUAGUUAAUUAGUUAAUAGACCAAUAAGAAAGAGAGUUCCAAACCUCUUUGCCAAUAACAGCUAGUUUUCCCCUCUCCCUCUCCAACUCCCACUCCCAGACAGUCCUAGCAAAAUCCUUGCUUGAGAAAUUGCUGUUUGCUAAAAACUAUUUUUGUUUGUUUUUGACCAUUUAAUUGAAAACAAUCACAGUAAGGUACUUAAUUGUUACCCAGAGAUAAUUUGAUAUUGAGAUAAAAACAGCUGCAUUGUACCUUUUAAGGUUAGAAUUUGGGGAGGGCAAGUUGAUCCUGUACCUAAGGUUGGCUUCGACCCAGAGCUUGUGAAUAUCCCUGAGAGUGAAACCAUAUCAGAGAAGAAUAUGUCAGUUAACAUACAGUAUGUGUGUGUUGAUUGUAGUACAGUGUCUGAUACACAGACUCAUAAUGUCAUUUUGAUGAACUGCAGUCUACCAGUUUGGUAUUGGCUGCUACUUUGAAGUGAAGAGAUUAGCAAAAAAAGUGAAAUGUGGUUUAUAUGUAAUCAGUGCUUCCUGUUAGUGUUAGUGGCAGGAAAUGCAUACGUAAUACUGGUUAUGGUAGGAACAGUCUGUGACAGGAACCUGGCUCCUUCCCCAUGAGUAAGCAUGUGUUGUGUUGUGCCCUGUCCCAGAAUGACAAUACAGCCAGCCACUAGAAUGCCCUGUCAUUGGCUGAGCUGAGAGAUUUGCAGACCAAUGAGAGUUGUGUGUGUGCUAGGUUUGCUGCUCUGCCUCUAAAGGGCCUUCUAGAGCAGGGAUGGGCAACUGGCGGCGCGUAGAUCAUCAAUUUACGAAAAUUGCCCCCCAAAAAUUGCUUGCGGCCCGUAAAAGGAUAGGGCCAGCUCUGACUACGUGUGGAUAUGGAUGUAGGUACUCACGAGCCACUGCGGCCCCUCAUAAAGAGUUACGAUUUUUGGGGUGGACCCCACCCCAUCAAAGUUUUUCAUCCCUGCUCUAGAGAGACUGGUAAAAUGUAGCUUAAUUAAGAUGGGAGAGGAGGAGAACCAGUAGCACACACACACACACAAAGGAGGAGAGAAUGCAAAACCACACGUUAAACAAAGCGACAACAUCUACACUGAACAAAAAUAUAAACGCAAAAUGUAAAGUGUUGGUCCCAUGUUUCAUGAGCUGAAAUAAAAGAUCCCAUAAAUGUUCCAUAUGCACAAAACAUUUGUUUACAUCCUGUUAGUGAGCAUUUCUCCAUUGCCAUGAUAAUCUAUCCACCUGACAGGUGUGGCAUAUCAUGAAGCUGAUUAAACAGCAUGAUCAUUACACAGGUGCACCUUGUGCUGGGGACAAUAAAAGGCCACUCUAAAAUGUGCAGUUUUCUCACACAACACAAUGCCACAGAUGUCUCAAGUUUUGAGGGAGCGUGCAAUUGGCAUGAUGACUGCAGGAAUGUCCACGAGCUGUUGCCAGAUAAUUGAAUGUCAAUUUCUCUACCGAAUGUCCGCCUCCAACGUCGUUUUAGAGACUUUUUGCAGUACGUCCAACCAGCCUCACAACCGCAGACCACGUCUAUGGCGUUGUGUGGGCGAGUGGUUUGCUGAUGUCAACGUUGUGAACAGACUGCCCAUUGGUGGCGGUGGAGUUAUGGUAUGGGCAGGCAUAGGCUACGGACAACGAACACAAUUGCAUUUUAAUGAUGGCAAUUUGAAUGCACAGAGAUACCGUGACGAGAUCCUGAGGCCCAUUGUCAUGCCAUUCAUCCACCUCCAUCACUUCAUGUUUCAGCAUGAUAAUGCACGGCCCCAUGUCGCAAGGAUCUGUACACAAUUCCUGGAAGCUGAAAAUGUCCCAGUUCUUCCACAGCCUGCAUACUCACCAGACAUGUCACCCAUUGAGCAUGUUUGGGACCACAAUCAACAGCCUGGUCAACUCUAUGUGAAGGAGAUGUGUCGCGUUGCAUGAGGCAAAUGGUGGUCACACCAGAUACUGACUGGUUUUCUGAUCCACGCACCUACCUUUUUUUUAAAGGUAUCUGUGUCUAACAGGUGCAUAUCUGUAUUCCCAGUCGUGAAAUCUCAGUCAUGUUAAUCUAAUUUAUUUAUUUCAAUUGACUGAUUUCCUUAUGUGAACUGUAACUCAGUAAAAUCUUUGAAAUUGUUGCAUGUUGCGUUUAUACAUUCAGUGUAAUUAUAGUCUACAAUUUUAUUCUAAUGGCUGAACAACACUCAGAGAUAGAAGCCAUUCAGCCAUGACCUUCCUCAGCCAGACAGUGUCAUUUUGUGUGGCGACAUUUGUUGUUGAAUCGUUCAGGUUGUGCCCCCCCAGAGAGCUCCGUGACCGUGGGGGAAGGCAGGCAGGGCUGUCAGGGUGGCGAGGGAGAGGGGGAGAAAAGGAUGAAUGAGUCAGGCUGAUGCUGUCGCUAACUUCAGGCAGAACCCCAUUCCCUCUAUAAGUAACCAAUGUCUAUGAUGACUAAUGUGGGCUACUGUGCUGUGGCUUGUGGCAUAAAACAAUUAGAUUUGCAAGAAAGGAAGGACAAUUACCCUAUUUUUACUUUUUUAUUUAUUUUUUUUCCCCCUUGGAAUAAAAUAAAAAACGGAACGACUGAGGCGGAGAGGCUUUGAUGUUUGAGCUGGUGAGCAAAAUGGUAGAUGACAACAUCAUAGGCAGUCAGCGUCAGGUUGAAAAGAGCAGCCUUGAGGGGAGACUGUGUUCUCUGGAGAGCCAAACUCCUGUAUGGAGAUGUGUUGUCAAAGACAGCAGUCCUGACCAAGACCCAAUUACAGGUCAAAACACAUUGUUUGUUUAACAAAAAAGCACUUUUAGAGCAUCUAACAGUGAGCGGAUUCAUUUUGUUUUACUCUAAGAUCUUACCAGAAUCCUCAAUUUGUGUUUCCACAGAGUCCUCCAACGCAUCUCUGUUGACCAAUGCUGAGAAGAUUGCCACCAUCACCACAACGCACACACCCCAAACUGCCACAGAGCCUCAGUGAGUGUCUACGACGAUCUUAAUUAUUCAUAAACAGGCUUUUUGGAAUAAACUUUAUUAAUAUGAUAAAUUAUAUGAAAGAUUACUUCUAUAUGAAUAUGAUGUACUUUCAUAUCUUUGUGUUCAUAUGAAUGAUUUUAUUUUCCAGGAAUAACUCCAAGUUGAAACAGGCUCCUCCUCCACCUCCUCCAACACAAGCUCAGCCCUCACAGGUAAGACAAACAUUUCUAUUGGUCUGUUAAAAUCAAUCCCCAAAGCAGGGAACAGUAAAUCAUCUCCCUACAAGAACGCACAGUGUAGAUUCAACCUGAGAUUUUCUUUCAAAUCAUCAAAGCAAUCUAAUCAAUCAAUUAAUCAUGCUAUCAGCUAAUCAAUAAAAGAGGACUGAAGACGGACAGUACCACAGCCAAACUUUUAAUGAGUGCAGUAAGCCUCUGUCCAGCCCUUGCAGUGCCCUUGCUCUGGGCUCUGUGCCUCUCUCACAGGCUGAGGCAGCAUUUAUUAUUCAUUGGUUCCAGGGUAUUGUACCUCCAUCGAUUUUGUGUGAGUUUUUGCUGGACUUGGCUUGAUUAGUCCUGCUGUUAGGACUCACCUCAUGACACCCCUGUUGGUCCACAAAUUAUGGGCAUUCGCACUUCCCCCUCCUCUGUAAAUAUGUAUUUUUCUUUCUGUCUCUCUUUCUCUCUCUCAGGAUGCAGAGUUCUACUCUGUGGAUCUGGAGCGGGACAGCAAAGGCUUUGGAUUCAGCCUGAGAGGUGGGCGGGAGUACAACAUGGACCUUUAUGUGUUGAGACUGGCUGACGAUGGGGCGGCUGUCAGGAAUGGCAAGAUGAGGGUAUGCUCCCAUGAAAAAAAUCAUAUCAACAAUUGGAGUCCUGUCACUCUUGUACUUUGAUUAUAAUAUUUAUGUUAUAGACAGUUCAUCUCUCCUGGGAUCAUUUGUCUGGUUGUCUCAUUAAACCUCCUCCCUUCUCUCCCUCUGCACAUACAGGUGGGAGAUGAGAUCCUGGAGAUCAACAGCGAGAGCACAAAGAACAUGAAGCACGCACGCGCCAUCGAGCUGAUCAAGAAUGGUGGCCGGAGGGCACGCCUGGUCCUCAAGAGGGGCGAUGGAUCUGUUCCUGAAUAUGGUGUGUGGCAAUGUGAUGUGAUACAUGUUCCCUCCAUACUGUGACUAACACUACUGCCUCUGACUAACUAACACUGAAGGCCCCACACACCGGCCGGACACUAUAGUCUGCAGUGUCUUGUUGCUGUAAGCAGGAUUUCUCUGAGUGGAGGAAUGACUGUGUCUUCAGUGUCCUGAACCAGUGCUUUAGAAUUGAUUAUAUCAUGACAUCAACACAAGCUUACAUUAUGUCUUAUAGCCUUUGAUCAACAAAGGAUUUUCCAAAUAUUUGCUGUCCCAGUGAUGUGUCUAAAUGACAUUUAAUGUUAUUGCUCCUACAUCAGUGAUUUAUUGGCCAUAGUAUGUCAUGUUCAUCCUGCUGUGGCGGCAGGUAGCAUAGCAGUUAAGAGCGUUGUAACAGUAAAGUCGCUGGUUCAAAUUCCAAGUGAAAAAUAUGUCAAUGUGCCCUUGAGCAAGGCACUUAACCCUUAUUGCUCCUGUAAGUCGCUAUGGAUAAGAGCAUCUGCUAAAUGACUAAAAUGCUAUGUAAACCAAGUCUUGUUUUUGUCCAAAUACUGUAUGUUCUGGCUCACAAAUCUGGGAAUGUUUAUCUUUAUCUCUGUUCUGCCGAGAAAGGUCACUGUGUGAAGGAUUCCACUCAGUCGUCAAUUUUCUAGGUUUUCCGUUUCUCUGCCAGCCAGAAAAAUGGGAAAACUGAACCAACUACGUUUCUCUUUCUCUUGUCUUCAUUGAGGAUCUAAACCCUCUGAUUUCUCUUUUUACUUUUUUAUUUUAUUUUGAUUUCAUUUUAUUUCCUCUCUCUCUUUCCUCUCCAUUUCUUUUCUCUGGGCUCUUCCUCCUCCCUCCAGCGAUGAUGGCUCCUCAUCUCGCUGUUGGUACUAUGAGAAAUGACAAGAUGGGAGAGCCCUGUUUCUACUUAAUGGGCCAAAAUCAGACCACGGUUUGUAGCCAAGUCUGUUCCAACCCACCCUCCUAACCCUAUACCCCCCACCCCUGCACCCCUGCACCCCAACAUCCCUCACCCACUUAACCCAUCUCCCAUUACCCUUCCCCCCCUCUCCCCCUACCUGCACCUCCCUGGGUAUGUGUUUGGUGCUGUGUGGCCUGACUCACUCCUCAACCUGUACUGUGCUUUUAUGACCCAUGUGAACCCAUACACCCAGAUUGCACUGCUUCUUCUCCGCCCACCUCUGGAUGGAUUCAUGUAACUGCUCGCCACCCGCUGCUACCAUAACAACACGUCUGUAAUUGGGCAGAGUCAUGGGCAGAACGCUCUCCAGUUUUUUGUUUUGUUUGUUUCAGGCUCAUUUCUGAGGUUCCCAUUCCCAAUGAUGAUAAUCGACUUGUUUAUAAUUUUGCUUUUAAUAAUAUCAUAGGUGCUUGUUGUAAUUGAUAACCCAGCCCUCCACUUGCAAUGUUUUGCACCUGUUGUGUUGCUGCUACCUACAUGUACCAAUCCAUUGCUCUCGUAGAAAAUAUACUUAAGCAAUUGUUUACUUUUAUGUAAUUAAGUUGAGGAUCAAAGUAAGUCAUUUGUGUACAAAUUUGAAUAUUUAAUAUCAUCCUUGAGUUUUCUUCCAGAAGUAAAUGUUUUUGUCCCAAUUUGCCAACAUGUUCAUGUUUAUGGAAGUGCAUGGUAGUGCAUGGUUUCCAUAAAAAUGGCUGUAUUGACUCAAUACAGAUAUAAUCACCCACAUGAAAAUGGAUAUGGAACCUUAUGUUUGAGAGAAUUGUCUGAGCUACCAAGGCUACAUUAUUUAGCUAGUUUAAACUCCAUCCAGUCUGAGAAUGUCUCUCAUGUUCUGUCUUUCUUCUCCCCCAGACACCAGCCAUGACGGGCACUCUCCCACACCCGGGGCACAAAACUCUCCGGAAGUGAGAACCCUGCCACCAAACAGCCGAUAUCACACUUCAUCGGAGUCCAGUUAUCCACCAGACCUUCACAAACCAUCACGCCAUGAGGACACUGCGCAGGGCCGAGACAGGGACAGGAUGGAGCACUCGGGCCGGCACUUUAACCCCCACCACCAUCACACCUGGAAAAACAACCACAGCCACACCACCUCCAGACAACACUCCCCGGACAACAGAACCAGCGGCGGCAACAACAAGAAGAGCCUGGGCCGCAAAGUCAAGAAAUCGGAGUCGGAGAGCGGCAUCUCAAAACUCUUAAAGACUCUGCGCAAGGACAGCUCUGGGAAGAAGGCUGCAGCUGCAGCAGCGGAGAAAGAACGAGAGCGAGGGCUCUCUGCUAGUAGCAGUACUCUGGACCAGAGGUACAGUCGACCGCGCCGCGGCUCCCUCGACCGCUCGCCCACCCGUAAACGCAACGCUUCCCCUGACCGACGGCGGGCCAAGUCCAUGGACCGCAGGGCAGAGCGAGCACACAGGGACCGCACACCUGAGAGGGAGUACGACGACGGAGGGUUUCUCAGUCAUGCAGCCACUCCUGAACGACCACUCUAUGACCGAAGGCUCCUGAGGGAACCACAGACCUCUGGCAGAGCCUACAUGGAGGCCACCACCCCAGAACGCCCCAACAACGGGGCCUCCUCCCUGUCGCUCUCCAGGGGCCGCAUGACUGACAUGAAGGCCACCACCCCAGAACGGCCAAAUAACGGGGCCUCCUCCCAGUCUCUCUCCAGGGGCCGCACGCCCGACAGAGGCAGCCUGAAGAAUGGCAUCCUCCUGAGGGACUCGUCGGCCGAAAGGAGAGAUGAGAGCUACAGGAUUAACGGAACACCAGAGAGACGCUACAGGUCAGAGAGAGACUCAUCUCCAGACAGCAGCUCCAGCAGGGAGGAGCUGAACUAUGCAGCGCCGCCUGCUACUAGACUGAAGGAUUACUACAGCACACUGAAGAACAACGCCUCCGCUCACCACCAAGCCGGCCACAACAUUGCAGAACACAGCAACAAGGCAGGACAACACCACAACAACGCAGCAGCAGGACACAACAACGCAGCAGCAGGACACAACAAUGCAGUAGGCCGUGCCCCGAACCAGUUCCCAGAGCCUAAGAGAAGGUUUUACAAAGAGAGCCCCAAGGACCUCAGCAUCUGA